AUGGAUCGCUUCGUCGUGAAAAGAAAAACUCCACCAUCUGAUAUUGAUUUGGAUGAUUUGCCAUGGGAUCCAGCGAAGAGGAAAAGAAUUAUAAGCUAUCAUCCCAAUCAAAGAGAUGAAGUACGGCGCAAAUAUUUGAAUAGAGGACCUUGUCAACCUCGUGGUCACCGUUUUAAACAAACAGCAAGUGGAGGGGUGCUUCGACGUUUUGAUCUAAAGUGGUUUGAUAUGUAUGAGAUCAAGCUCAAAAUCAAGGUGGGAGUGAUUGCUUUGUAUCAACUGGAAACAAUAAACAUAAUGGAUCGCUUCGUCGUGAAAAGAAAAACUCCACCAUUUGAUAUUGAUUUGGAUGAUUUGCCAUGGGAUCCAGCGAAGAGGAAAAGAAUUAUAAGCUAUCAUCCCAAUCAAAGAGAUGAAGUACGGCGCAAAUAUUUGACUAGAGGACCUUGUCAACCUCGUGGUCACCGUUUUAAACAAACAGCAAUUGGAGGGGGGUUGCAGGGGUUGAAUCAACAUGCGGGAUCUGAUGUGAACAGUUUUCACAACAAUGCCAAAAGAAAAUGUGAACAUUUGUUACAUCAAGGAUUACCAUUUCGUGGUCAUGAUGAGUCAGAUGAGUCAACCAAUAGAGGUAAUUUCUUAGAGCUUCUGAAGUAUACCGCUGGUCAGAAUGAGGUUGUAAAAAAAGUAACUAAAUCUAUUAUUGAAGAAAUUGAUAAUGAUGUCUUUGGUUUGCUGGUAGAUGAAUCUGCUGAUGUAUCAGACAAGGAGCAAAUGGCAAUGGUUUUUCGCUUUGUUGAUAAGUAUGUGAUAGUCAAAGAAAGAUUUGUUGGUGUUAUUCAUGUGAAGGAGACAUCUUCUUUAUCUUUGAAGUGUGCUAUUGAUUCUUUGUUUGUGAAGUAUGGAUUGAGUAUGAAAAAGGUGAGAGGACACGGAUAUGAUGGAGCUAUUGGAGCUUCUUGCAAGAGAAAAGAUAUGAUCAGGGAAAACUACAGAAAAAUAGUGGAAGAAGGGAUUAACAAUGGUGAAAUUAAGACUGGAACUGGGUUGAAUCAAGAAAUUUCUCUUCAAAGGCCUGGAAAUACUCGUUGGGGUUCACAUUAUAAGACUUUACUGCGACUUGUUGAGUUGUUUUCUUUUGUAGUUAAAUUUAAUGAUCGUUUUGAUGAGGUAAAUUCUGAACUACUUGUUUGCAUAUCAUCCUUGAGUCCAAUAGAUUCUUUUCGGCAGUUUGAUAAGUCAUUGCUCAUGAGAUUGGCUGAGUUUUAUCCAGAAGAUUUUAGCUUUAUGGAGCGUAAAUCUCUUGAUCUGCAACUUGAGAUAUAUCUUGAUAAUGUGCAAAGAGAUGAAAGGUUUACAGAUUUAAAAAGUCUUAGUGAUCUUGCACGUGUGAUGGUGGAGACAAGAAAACAUCUUUCACAUCCUUUGGUAUAUCGUCUUCUGAAGCUAUCUCUGAUUCUCCCUGUUGCGACUGCAACCGUCGAACGAUGUUUCUCUGCAAUGACUUUUGUGAAGACAACCUUGCGUAAUCAUAUUUAA